AUGGAGGCCUCCUGGCUGGAGACUCGCUGGGCGCGGCCCUUGCACCUAGCUUUGGUGUUCUGCCUGGCGCUGGUACUGAUGCAGGCCAUGAAGCUCUACCUGCGGAGACAGCGGCUGCUGCGCGACCUGCGCCCCUUCCCGGGGCCUCCUGCCCACUGGCUCCUGGGACACCAGAAGUUUCUUCAGGAGGAUAAUAUGGAGACUCUUGAUGAGAUUGUCAAAAAGUACCCUUGUGCCUUCCCCUGCUGGAUAGGGCCCUUCCAGGCAUUUUUCUACAUCUAUGAUCCAGACUAUGCAAAGAUAUUUCUGAGCAGAACAGACCCAAAGACCCAGUAUCUGCAGCAGCUCAUGACUCCGUGCAUUGGAAGAGGACUCCUGAAUUUAGAUGGGCCCAGGUGGUUUCAACACCGCUGCCUCCUAACUCCUGCAUUCCAUCAGGACAUCCUGAAACCGUGUGUGGACACGACGGCCCACUCUGUGAACGUGAUGCUGGAUAAAUUGGAGAAGACGUGGACCACUCAGGAAACAACCAUCGAGGUUUUUGAACACAUCAACUUGAUGGCCCUGGACAUCAUAAUGAAAUGUGCUUUUGGCCAGGAAACCAACUGCCAGAUAAACGGCACCUAUGAGUCUUAUGUGAAGGCAACAUUUGAACUUGGUGAAAUCAUAUCUUCUCGCUUGUACAAUUUCUGGCAUCAUCAUGACAUAAUUUUCAAACUCAGUCCUAAGGGCCACUGCUUCCAGGAGUUAGGCAAAGUGAUACAUCAAUGCACAGAAAAGAUGAUCCAGGACAGAAAGAAAAUCCUCAAGAAUCGAGUAAAACAGGAUGACACUCAUAUGUCUCAAAAUUUUCUGGAUAUUGUUUUUUCUGCCCAGGCUGAAGAUGAAAGAGCCUUCUCAGAUGCUGACCUUCGGUCUGAGGUGAACACUUUCAUGUGGGCAGGACAUGACGCCUCUGCAGCUAGCAUCUCCUGGCUCCUUUAUUGCCUGGCUCUCAACCCUGAGCAUCAAGACAAAUGCCGGACAGAGAUCAGGAGCAUCCUGGGAGACGGGUCUUCUAUCACCUGGGAACAGCUGGAUGAGAUGCCAUACACCACAAUGUGCAUCAAGGAGACACUGCGCUUGAUUCCUCCCGUCCCAUCCAUCUCCAGGGAACUUAGCAAGCCCCUUACCCUCCCAGAUGGACACUCGCUGCCUGCAGGAAUGACUGUGGUUCUUAGUAUCUGGGGUCUCCACCACAACCCUGCUGUCUGGAAAGACCCAAAGGUCUUUGACCCCUUGAGAUUCACUAAGGAGAAUUCUGAUCAGAGACAUCCCUGUGCCUUCCUACCAUUCUCCAGUGGUCCAAGGAACUGCAUCGGGCAGCAGCUUGCCAUGCUAGAGCUAAAGGUGGCCAUCGCUUUGAUUCUGCUCCGCUUCCAAGUAGCCCCAGACCUCACCAGACCUCCAGGCUUCUCCAACCACACUGUCCUCAGACCCAAGCAUGGAAUCUAUUUACACCUGAAGAAACUCUCUAAAUGUUAG